UUUAUUUUUCGUCUGCUUUGUUGAGGGCAAGGAGUACAGUAAAACAGUGUUCUGGGUGCGUCGCGGAAAAAAUUGUGAAUAAAUAUAACUAGCUGUAAUUUAAACGAAGUGGUGGAACCGGCAAGGUAUUGAUAUAAUUAAUAUUUACUAAGUGCAAUGACCAAGCCGAUUUCCGCUGAAGCACAAUUUAGUGCAGAAAAUUUUGUUCAACAUUUACUGGAAGAAGGAAUAAAAUAUGGUUGUAGCGAAAGUGCAAGUUCAUUUAAAUCGGAGGAAAAUUUACCUUCGUUUUAUGAUAAAAACAUGUUCAAAAGGGGUCAAAAGUUUUUCAAUGACAACAUCUUUGCCCUACUCUAUAGCAAAUUUUUGGGUCUUCUAUCCAAUAUUGCCACUCCAUCUGUUUUGCGGAUUCUAAUAUUUACCAAGAAAUCUGGUUCACCAUUAGACGCAUAUAGAAGAUAUUUGUCUACCGUCUUCCACAUGUGCAUUUGGUACCAAAGUGACUUCACUCCUGGAUCCCCGUUAUGGAAAUCAUUGCUGGAAGUAAAAAACAAACAUAGCUUUGCUAGCAGGAAAAGUUGUGCUAAAGGUUUGGGGCUCAUUACACAAAAAGACAUGGCCCUAACGCAGUUCGGAUUUAUGGGAUUUGCUGUAAUUAAAAGUAAAGAAGUUGGUCUUCAUAACGCAACUAAUGAAGAUUUGCGAGCUUUUGUUCAUGUUUGGCGAGUUAUCGGUUGUUUAAUGGGUAUAGAAAAUAGGUUUAACAUCUCCAGAGAUUCUUUAGAGGAAACUAAAGACAUUUGCAAAAUAUUGGCUGAGAAGUUGCUCAAACCUGUAGUGGAAAACAAGGAUCAAGAUUUUAUCAAUAUGGCUACUUACUUAUCAGAUGGCAUGUGGUCUUUGAAUCCCACCUUAAACGCGAAAAUUUAUUUAAAUAUUGUGUAUAAAUUGUUAGAAAAACCAAAGAGUACCUGUACUACAGCUGAUUCUAAACCUUUCAUUCAAAUGAACUUUCCGCAGACUUUACUUUUGCGGUUCCUUUUUUUUGUGAUAUGGAGUUUACAGUUUGAUAUUUGUAGAAUUGUUUGUAACUAUAUACAACAUAUUUCUUUUUGGCUGAUAAGAGUAUUUCCAUUUUUAGCAUAUUAUCAGUUUGGCUACUCUAAAUCUCAUGUCCGGAUUUUGCAAGGUGACGCAUGA